AUGCCCAAGCCCAAACGAGGAAAUGUCAGAGUGACGAAGAAACAACUUCGCCAGACCAAACUCGCCACCGGACCAGCUCGUAUUGCUGUCCACAAGUAUCCAAGUGGACUUACAGUAAAUUUGGAGCAGCUCCUGACUUGGGCACGGAACACACCCAACUUAAAGUUUGUUUUGGAGAUGCUGGACAAGUAUCCUGUUCAGUUCGAAGACGCAUAUCUCAGGGGGCGAAGUAUCGACUGUCAGUGGGAAGCUAUGAAAUCAACUGAUUACAUGCACACCUUCGUGAUUCCGGUGGAUCUUACACGGUCCUUACAAGCAGCGAUCAAAACGGCCAGGAAGGAACAGCACGCGCCCGAUGAGCUGGAUGCACGUCUGAAGAAGCAAGGGGUCGUCCUUGAUCUUGUUGCCACUGUAGAUCCGAAGCUGUGGAAGAUGAGAAGUAAAUUUGUAGGUGCACUCACUGGAUUUCACGCUGUAAAGACCAAGAUUAAUAUGUGGUUUGAAGAUCGCAAGUGGCUCGAGCAAGAUUGGCGGAAGAUCAGCUCGGAUAGUUCUGGCGAACGAAGUUAUAGCCAAGUUUACAUCCAGCAGAUUACGGACGGAUUUCGCGACGCUGUCUGGAAAGGGGACUAUCAGUUUCGAAAACAUUGUGGGUGGACUUUGUCGCGGCUGGCUAAAUGA